GGCUACCCACUUUCAGAUUGGAAAUCCACCGCACAUUCGCACACGCAGCUAUGCAUGCUUAUGACAUACGUGUUCUACAUUUGUUCUGCCUGUAAUUUAGAGCAACUGACUGCUUGUAAGUCGUUACAGACGUUACCGGUAGUGUCUUCUGGCAGUGGUUUGUUAAUUAUUUUAAAUUACAGGCAGUGUUUUGUUAAAGUUUUGGAGCGCUUAACGAAUAAUAAUUGUAUGUUUUUAUCUGAAAAAAUCCACGGAAGAAACGUCAUGUUGGGAGCACUGUUUGCUCACCUUUACCGCACUCUCCCUUCUUUCACAUGGCCAGCGAUGAAAAGCUCAAACGCCUGCAACGAAACUCCCAAAAAACCAUCGACACUUUAGAGCGGUUGCUAGAUUCUCUGCACCACCAGCCACCCGACACCAACCAUGUAUCCUGGCUGGAGAAACUCAUCCAGUGGAUCGCUGUCGUUCACUUCCAAGGCCUGCUUCCGGAUGCUUGUCAGCAUACAGUGCGCACCCUCUUCCAUACUUUUCUUACCUUACCGGUGACCUUUCUCGAAGAAUGGCGGGCACUCUUUGACUGCAUUGAUUUAGCCUUGUAUCGCCUAAAAAGUUUGGGAUGGAGUUACCAGGAAGCCUUUUGGCGCACCUGGAUGGGUUUAACCGGGCGGGUGUACAAGGCGCGAGGGGAGGAAGUUUCGGGACAGCUACUGCGACCGGUGUUUAUAACAUGCAGUAUUAUAAUUCAUUUGCACGGAGCAGAAAAGCUGUUUGAGUUAUGCAAUACACGUGCUGAUGGGGAAGCUCUGUGGAGUAAUCCGUGUUUUGUGGAGCUAGUAAUGCGCUGUGUGGUACGCGCGGUGUUGUGUCUGCCGCAUCACGCUUUCCCUGCGCACCAGACGGCCAUCUUUUUCAUUAAGUAUGCUCUGCUAAGUUCGGUAAGCUUGCUGCGCAGAGCAGGAUUAGAAGGUCUGAAAGCGUUGUAUCUUGCCAAGAGCGGGUGUGAUGAUAUUGUGGAACUGAACGGCAGUAUUCGCCGCCUGCUAUCUUUGUCACAUGCAGACGACGGGAGGCGUGCAUACGACGCCGUAUUAAGCCGGAUCAAGCGGGAGCAAGCGCCGGAAGUUGACAGCCACACACAAAUCUUGUAUUUCUUCUUAGACAUUCGACACGACGGCAGCGCAUAUCCAGAGGAGGCAGUUACUAGCGAUGUUGCAUGGGUGAAGGCAGCCGACGACCAAUAUCUGCGUCACUGUGUACGCGACGCGACCUACUGGACAAAAAAGGACACUGCUCAGGUUCACAACGACCUGCACAUGCUGGCCGCGGGAGAUCGCAGUCCGAAUUUCCUGAAAUCACUGCAAUCCGAAUCGGUCAUCAGUCCUAAGCAAGCUGCGGUCCCGAAAAUAAAGCAUCCAUCCAAUGGGUCCUUGUCGACAUUUGUUGUCGAUGAGCAUGAACCGCUGAACCAGCCGGCACACGGUAUCAACAAACUGACCGAUUGGGCAGAAAAGCCGCUGCACGAUUCCGACGGGGAAGGUGAGCCGGUUGCCUGCACAACAGCGGGGUCUGGAAAAGAAUUCCAUGUGAAUGAAAUGGCGCUUGAGCACGUGCUAAAAAUGCCAAGUUUCCCGGCGCAAACCGCUCGACUGUUAAGGCGCAGUAACACUAGCGAUGUGGCGCUGCCAUCGAUAUUGUACGUGGCUAAGAAUGCCUUGCAAGGCCAGACGAAAGCAAAGGAACCAAAGCCAUCGGCGCCUUUGCGCCCGUUUCCUUUACCAGCCUCGGAUAGGUCAUCGCCGGAAAAACUGUCUCAUCGCUGUGAUGAGAAAAUUGCGGUAAGAAAAAUCACACCGGAAUUUCAGCAUUCUGCUCCCAGGAAGCAAAUUAGCAAGGAUUCGCUAAGUCACUCCAUACCCACUGAUCGUUCGCCCAUUGAGUCCAGCGAGGUCGCCACUGUUUCAGAAAUCCUACCGGUUCACGUUCCCGUACAUUCAGAAAAGGAAAUGAGGAAUCUCAACGGCAGAAUGCAGAACCAUGUGGACCAAACUGAAAACGGAACACUCGAUAACCUUUCCACUGAUCAGUCGUUCCUCUGCAACGAACCAGUUUUAAACACAACCGUCACCAAAUCCAAACCAGAGAAACGGUUGAUUACAAAAAAACGAAUGUCGACACAGCUGCCUUGUGAUCCAAUGUCUUUCGAAUCUGCUCCUCCAAAAGCGUCUGCAAAACUUAAACCCGAGGCGAAAAACCGAUCAAAGAACACCAACGGCCAACGCAGAGGUCACGGUGACUUGACAGACUCGCCAUCGGUGACGGAAGCAUCCUUAGGCAAGAAAACAGAGGAAGUGCGCAUGGAUUUGCAGGUGCUACUCGACCGUAUGCAGAGAGGUCCCCGCUACAGUAAGGACGUGGUGCAGGCCGUAGAAGAGUUCGUGCAACUCACUCGCUGUUACCCGCAUGUGGUAGAGAGCGCCAUUGGGGCGGCGUUUGCACAGUUCCUGCCGUUAGUGUACAGCUUGAAUAGCCAUGUUGCGGCGGAAGCCGUAGCGGCGCUGGAAACGGUGAUGCCGCUUGUUGAGGGGAAACUGCAUUUAGUGGCAUCGCAGGUCCUGGAGGCGCUGUGCAGUAACAUGCAGAACGCAAGGACAUGUGACCAUUCGAAGAAGGUGUUCAACCAGAUCCUUAAUACACAGAUUGAACGCGCCGGAACCCUGUUGGCUCCCUUAGCCGCUAAUAUUACUAUCAUGAUGAAGAAAAACAAAAAGGACGCUUUCGCUUUCGUCACCGGUCGGUAUGCCGAGGCUCUGAAGUACGCUUUUCCCAAACCGCCCAAAAGCCAAGCGGCGGCCGUGCAAAUCCUACAGUUUGUCAAGAGCGUCUUGGUGUGGAUUACCAAUUACGGGGACCUGCAUUCUUCCUCCAAACCGGAGAUUGUGGCGGUCGAUGCGCUAAUUCAGCAGGCCAUCCGGUCCUUCGGACUGGAGAUGGUCAAUAAAGUCUGUUACGAUUAUCGGGAUACCAUUAAACUGUUUCUGUCACGCAACGCUGGCGGUGUGCCAGUAGUGACUGCCAGUGGUCCCGGACUGCGGAAAGUGGUUGUCAGGAAGAGUUCCCUGAUGGCAUUCAAAAAACAAGCUCGAUUUUAACUGACUGAAUUGUUCGGUCGUAGUGCUUGCGUGCUGCUAUAAUAACAGAAACGUAGCUGGUUUUUAUUUGUAUUUAUCCUGUGAAAUAUUACACAUUUGAAACUGCAAAGAAUGACGCCAAAAGUACGAACGUGCCAUCAAAAAAUUCCUCACUCUCCCCAUUAAAAACUAAA